AUGCAGUACCCAGGAAAUAGGAAUAGCAGUACCAUGGUCUUCAUGGCAGUACUGUUAACAAGGACGCCAUAUAUGCGCGCGGCGCUGCUCGACGCUAGCCGGCGUACGGUACUUCUUGAGACCGUUGGAAGGUAUAUGACAAGCAACCGGUACUACUAUAAGGACGUCAUUGGGGGGCAUGGGGGCAGCAAGGGAGGGGAGAGGAGUGACCCCGUUGGACAGUUAUGCAUAACAAACCGCGCCCCGAUUGCAGAACGAAAUAUUCACGCGGUAGUCAGGUGCAUACCCGCAAUGUUUUCGGAACAGGAGAUCAAAGGGGAAUUAGAACAGAGGAGAUAUACUCCUCUCCACAUUAUCCGACUCGAACGCAGUGGCGGCACACCCAUGCCUUUGGUAGUCGUGAUACUGCCCAAGAUUGAAAAGUCCCAGCAGCUGUUCAAUGAACAUGAGCUGCUGGGUCUAGCAAUCAGAGUUGAAGUCCAAAAGAACUCCAGACUUAUUGGGCAGUGUCACCGCUGCCAAAGUAUGUCAUUACAUAAGCUUGAAGAGAAAAUGAGCCGUAUUCAUAAAAGAGAAGCAUACCCUCGGAAGCAUAAGGUAAAAGUAUAA